UGAAUUCAGCCAAUCAAAGAGCGUGCGAUGACCGGAUCCGGUUGUGCUGGGCCUUGGAAGGCGUUGGGACCCACAGUGUCAGCUUGCAGCUCCGCCGCCAACAGCCUGCGACAUCAGACCUCAAACGGGUAUAAGUUGCCCUUGACCGCACAUGCUCUCUGCUCAACUUUACAUCGGAACCAGCAACUUGAACCUCAUAUCCCACGAUUUCCUGACACUUCCUCCCUCUCUGUUGAUCCGGCCCUCCACCACAACCUAUUCCAAAACAAUUAUCGCCUCUCGACUUGACCACGUCGCUCUCAUCCUUCACUUCAAGGAACACUCAACGACACACACAUUCAUUUGCAAUGUCGUCCCAGGCUUCCAACUGCUGCGGCGGCAAGAGCGGCGCCGACUGCGUCUGCGCCCAGCAAGCUACCUGCUCGUGCGGAAAGCAGUCGGCGCUUCAAUGCAACUGUGAAAAGGCCGGCUCCGAGAACUCGACCGAGGGCGCCCGCUGCUCGUGCCGCGCCCGGCCCGAGGGGCAGUGCAACUGCGCACGCGCCGAGGCCGAGAACCAGAAGGCCAAGACCGGUGCGUGCGGUGCUGAGGGGUGCGAUUGCGGGUGCCGUGAGUCUGGGGUGUGCAACUGCUCCAAGAAGGCAGAUGCUGGCUACAACCCGUCGGAGAACGAGACCGACUUCACGACCAAGGCUUGAGUCUGCGGCUGUGUUUGGGGACUUGAGCGGAGUACCGGAGGGGUUGCGUGGAUAUAGGGUCUGGCGGGACGGUUGGCGUUGCGGCGUUAUUGGGUUGACAGCCGGAGAGGUCCUUGGGGGAAACGCCGCGCUCUAGAGGUGAUAAGCAUAAUGGCGACCUACGUAGGGAAAU